CUCAUGCUGUGUGCGAGACACUAGUCACUCAGUUGAUCUGUGUGGAAGCCAGUGAGUGCGGAGUCGAGGAAAUAUCGCGACAAGAGUGGGACUUUCAGUUAUUGGUCAUCUGAGCGAGAUUUUGCAAUUUCACGUGACAGCUGGGCUGACGAAACGAUUCACCGACCUACGUCACUGCACGAGUCGGUAGUGGUCUUUGGUGUCCUUCAGUAAUCUUUGUGCGGGGGUCAGUGUGGCACACAACUGUUGGCAGCGCUAAAUAUCUGCAAGAGAAGUGGUCUGUAAGCGGAACUUGGAAUGCCUAACAAGGUUGCGGAAUCAGAAGAAAUGGCAUCGUCUCCGCCAAUCCUGUAUCGUGACGAAUCGCAAACGGAUAAAUUGUCAAGAAAAAUUAAAGAAGCGCCGUUCGUACCUAUUGGUCUAGCUGGUCUUGUUGCGGCAUGUGCUAUUGGUGCUUACAAGUACCGCCAUCGUGGACAGAUGUCUACAUCAGUGUUCCUGAUGCAGCUUCGAGUUGCUGCACAAAGUAUGGUUGUUGGUUGCAUGACUCUUGGUCUUGGAUAUCAGAUGUACAAAGACUACCUCAGUCCUGACCGAAAGAAACCAUCGGAAUGAAACUUUGUUUCAUAUGUAUGACAGCUGCAUUGUUUUAGUAUUUGCAGCUCUGACAACAUUUUCAGCUCACCUCAAUGAGGUGGUUCUGGUAAUUUAGUGAUUAUUGGGAGAAAAUGUUGUCCACGAGUGUUGCGAAUAUUUUUCUUUCCUAGAUGCUGCAAAUAUUUUGCGUAUUUAUUUCUGCUGUAUGAAUUGUAUCUGAUAUUAAGUAUAGUUCCUGCUUUAUGUGAACUGUUGCAAUAAUUUGUGAGAAGAGGAGAUACUCGAGUUGUGAAAUGAAAUGACAAGACCUGUUCUGCAUCAAGUGUGUGUGUGUGUGUGUGUGUGUGUGUGUGUGUGUG